AUGGCGAAGGAAGGAGAUGGAGAUUGGAGGAAAAUGGCGGACACCCACAAGAUGAGCCCGGAAGAAGUGAGGGCCGCCGGAGUCGAGGCGUCAAAGCGGCCGCCCGGGCACGGGCCCGGCAAGGUCCUGCACCAGCGGCGCGGCCUGCCCUACAGCUUCCCUGCCAUGGCCAUCGCCGGCUUGCUCAUAACUGGGGCCGUCGGCUACUUCACGCUCUACGUGUUGAAGAAGCCCGAGGCCGAUGCCACGGACGUCGCCAAGGUGGCCACCGGCGUUGCUGGGCCGGAAGACACUCGCCCAAGGAAGUAG